UGGUCCUGUCCUCCAUAAUCAGACGCUGAGAAGAAGACUCGAGGCCGAAUCGCCGAAGGCCCUAGGUCCUCCCCUUCCUCAUCCUCUCCGGUUCAUCCUCUCGGCGGCGAUCUCUUUGCCGGACCUUCCCAUCCGUGUCUUCAUCCCAAGCCCGUUCCUCUCGAUCGGCCCCCUUUCGCUCCGGCGAUUGCGUCGUCUUCGGAAGUCGUAUCUCUCUCUCAUGGAGUGCCAGGAGGAGGCCAAGGCGUCACAGAAGGAGUGUGUGAAGGUGGCCGUCAAUAUCCGGCCGCUCAUCACCACAGAGCUCCUAGUGGGCUGCACCGAUUGCGUCACUGUUGUUCCCGGGGAGCCACAGGUUCAAAUUGGUUCUCAUGGAUUUACCUUUGAUCAUGUUUACGGGAGUUCAGGAUCUCCAUAUUCCUCCAUUUUCAAAGAAUGUGUUCUUCCUUUAAUAGAAGGACUCUUCCACGGAUACAAUGCCACCGUCCUUGCAUAUGGGCAGACAGGCUCUGGUAAGACUUACACAAUGGGGACGAAUUAUACUGGCGAAGGUAAUUGUGGCGGUAUUAUACCAGAAGUAAUGGAGACAAUUUUCAGGAAAGUUGAUGCUAUGAAAGCCACUACUGAAUUUUUAAUUCGAGUCUCCUUUAUUGAGAUUUUUAAGGAGGAAGUUUUCGACUUGUUAGAUCCUCAAUUUCAUGCUACUUCAAAAACUGAGAGCGCAGUUGUAGCAAGGCCAACUUCUAGAGCUCCCAUCCAAAUCAGAGAGACAGCUAGUGGUGGGAUUGCCCUUGCAGGUGUUACUGAAGCAGAAGUGAGAUCAAAGGAAGAAAUGGCAUCAUAUCUGACUCGUGGAUCAAUUGCUCGUGCAACCGCAAGUACAAACAUGAAUAGUCAGUCAAGUCGUUCACAUGCCAUUUUCACAAUAUACAUGGAACAAAAGAAAGUUAGUAAUGAAUGUAAUGGAAUGGCUCACAAUGAAGUAGCUGGUGAUGACAUAUUACUUGGAAAGUUUCACUUAGUGGAUCUUGCUGGAUCUGAACGUGCCAAACGAACUGGGGCUGAUGGACUUAGACUUAAAGAAGGCAUACAUAUAAAUAGGGGUUUGCUGGCUCUUGGCAACGUGAUCAGUGCACUUGGGGAUGAAAAAAGGAGAAAAGAAGGAGGACAUGUCCCUUAUCGUGAUAGCAAGUUAACUCGUCUUUUGCAAGACUCUCUUGGCGGCAAUAGCAAAACAGUGAUGAUAGCUUGUAUUAGCCCUGCCGACUCCAAUGCAGAAGAGACUAUUAAUACUCUUAAAUAUGCCAAUCGUGCAAGGAAUAUCCAGAACAAAGCAAUGAUAAACCGUGAUCCAGUUGCUGCUGAAAUGCAAAGAAUGCGUAGCCAAUUGGAGCAAUUACAAGCCGAAUUGGUUUUUGGUCGUGGUGGAGGUGCAUCUUUGGAGGAACUUCAGGUUCUUCGUCACAGAAUAUCAUUGCUUGAGGCAAGCAAUGCAGAACUCCGCCAGGAGUUGAAGGAUCGACAAGUUUCUUGUGACCACUUAAAGCAAUGUGCCUUUGAUGCUCAGCUAGAAAAGGAUAAACUAAUUUUGAAGAUUGAAUUAGCUCGCAAUGGAAAAUCUUGGGAUGAAAUUGAUGAUACCGAAAACGAUAAGGAAAUAGAUCUUCUGAAAGGUUAUGCUUCAAAAAUUCAAGAGUUGGAAGCAGAUUUGAUACGGGCUCAAAGCUUAUCUCGUCCUUGCAAAAAUCUUAUGAUGGAAUUUCCCACUUUGGAUGAGGCAGGCCCAAGUUGCGAUGCAAGAAGUUUUGAUGAUUCCAGUGAAGCGGAAGAAGAAGAACAGGAGAGGGACCACACCAUGCUCCAACGUCAACUUGAUAAGGAGCUUCAGGAGUUGGACAAACGACUCGAGCAAAAGGAGGCGGAAAUGAAGCAAUACACAAGGCCUGAUACAGUGUUUCUCAAGCAACAUUAUGAAAAGAAACUUUUGGAGCUGGAGCAGGAAAAGAAAACACUUAUGAAAGAGAUUGAGGAACUUCGUUUCAACCUUUCAAGUAUCACAUGUACUUCUGAUGAUGGUGCUCAAAAGCUUAAGGCAGAUUAUCUUCAGAAGUUGACUAUGCUGGAAACUCAGGUAUCUGAAUUGAAGAAGAAGCAAGAGGCACAAACUCAAUUAUUACGACAGAAGCAGAAGAGUGAUGAAGCAGCUAAAAAACUACAAGAAGAAAUUCAGAGGAUAAAAUCUCAGAAGGUCCAAUUGCACCAUAAAAUGAAGCAAGAAUCCGAGCAAUUUAGGUCCUGGAAGGCUUCGCGUGAAAAGGAGGUUCUGCAGCUUAAGAAGGAAGGUCGAAGGAAUGAAUAUGAAAUGCACAAGCUAGUGGCUUUGAAUCAACGACAAAAAAUGGUCUUGCAAAGGAAGACUGAAGAAGCUGCUUUGGCUACCAAAAGAUUGAAGGAACUGCUAGAUGCAAAAAAGUCCUCUCGCGAUGUGUCUGCUAUGGGAAAUGCAAACGGUCCUGGAAUACAGGCUUUGACGAAAACUAUAGAGGAUGAACUUGAGUUCAUGCUACAAGUGCAUGAAGUAAGAUCAGAGUAUGAGAGGCAGCUACAAGCAAGGGCGGCAAUGGCUAACGAGAGAGCAAAGCUUAAGGAAGAAACUAGUGACACUCCUCAAACAAUGUCACCAAGUGCCAGAACUUCAAGGAUUUUCGCUCUUGAUAACAUGUUGAAAACUUCAUCCACUACUUUGGUCGCCAUGGCUUCACAAUUAUCGGAAGCUGAGGAGCGUGAACGGGCUUUUAGUGGCAGAGGACGAUGGAAUCAAAUUAGAUCACUUGCGGAUGCUAAAAAUAUGAUGAACUAUUUGUUUAAUCUGGCAUCAACAUCAAGAUGUCAGUUGUAUGAUAAGGAGGUGAGUUACAGAGAGAAGGAUUCUGAAGUAGCUGAACUCAAGGACAAGGUAGUCAAACUCAAUAUAUCAAAGAGACAGCUAGAGGAACAAUUGAUGGUGACCAAGAACCACAUGCAGAAAUUAACUGCACAGACAAAUAAUAACAAGAAAUCUGAUGAAAACUCUGGACCCGUUGCCUGCAUCUCUGAGGAUGGAGAUUCUUUGCCUACCAAGAACAAGAACUCACGUAAAGAUAAGACUUUCAAUCAAAAUGUCAACAACCUGGAUGAUAUGGAUAUAUCAGACUCUGAGAUGUCUUUCAUAUUUGAAUCUGAAGCUGAGGCAUCAGAUGAAGAUGCUUACGAAUCCGACUUAGAUUGGGUAGAAUCAGGGAAGAAAAACCGGAUGAAGCAAUCACCAAUCCAUCAAACUCGAAAAUCUAGACCGGAUGAAAGUGUUUCUAUUGCCAAAUCUUCAGAGACUUCAAAUGAAGAGGCAGUGACCAAGGAUGAAGAUUCUGGGCUCCAUCCUUGCUGUUCUUGCACAAGAGGCUCAUCUUGUAAAACGAAGAGAUGCGAGUGCCGAGCUCUAGGGAGUCUUUGCAGUAGCUACUGCGGAUGCAUUCCUUCGAAAUGUACUAAUAGAGAAGAUGGAGAAAUGAUGGUCGAUGGGGAUGAAAUGUCAGUGGAAAUCGGCAGAGUUCAUAGCCAUUUAGAUGAUGAGAAGAGAAAAUUGAUAUCAGAAGGAACAAGGCUGCUGCAGAGUGCACUGAGCAAGAAACCAGAUGACAAUGAAGUCAAGCCGAGAGUGCCAUUAUCUGAUAUAAAGAAUGUGGCUAACCAGAACCCGACCUCACAAGCCCGUCGCAAGAAAUGGCGCAAGUCGACCGUUCAGCUAGUUCCAACUCAGCCUCUCCCAUCCUCCUUGCCACAAAACAGUGAAAGCCAAAGGCAUAGGGAAGAUGUUCCUCCUCUGAGACUCCCCCGAGCAAUGGAGUCGUUUCCGGUCGACAAUAACCCUCCGUUCGGCGAUAAGAACACGUCCAGAGCUAGUGAAUUGGCCGCGGCAAGCGAUAAAGAAACGACAAGAAGCAUGAUUCCUCGACGAAAAUCAUCCGACGAGAAAGAGAACCACAUGCAGUAGACAUUGUCGAUCCAAGUUCUGAUGCCUUUCUUCAUCCACCCACUCGAUGGAUAUUGUUGCAUGCUGUCUGGGAUACACCACGGCCUGGCCAUCCUACGAGUCGUAACGAUUAUUUUGGAUCUCGCAACUAGUUCAUGUUUGAUUCGAGCUUUGCAGGAAUCUAAACCCAUUGAAAAGCAGAAAUCAAACGGCAUUCAAUCUUCUCCAAAUGUGACAUGAGAAUAUUUUCUAGAUGUGUUUUGGAUAAUUACACAUCGAUGUAUUUUUUUUAUUUGUUUUCAUGGAAUUGUCUAUUUAGAGAAUGUCAAGAUCGUUGGCA